AUGGCUGAACAGGAUUUAAAUCGCAACAUUAAUGAACUUAACGAGCAAAAGAUUAAAAAGCAAAUUGAAAGUAUUGGCUCUAGUGUGGUGGCGACUUCUUUCUUUCAUCCAGUAUCUUUUACUCGUACAUUGAUGCAACUUGGACAUGAACCUUUUCCUUUGGAGAAAGGAAAAGUUUACGUAUUUUUUGGACGACAGGCUUAUUUUCUUCCAAACUUCUAUAAUUAUCUUAAUAACUUCUAUCUUUCACAUGGGUUUGCAACAAUUUACACAGGUGUUGGUGGACAUGCUUUGCAAACGUUUUUGCAUUUGUCUGGGGGUUUUGUUAUAACUGAGAUUUUGAAUCGUUAUUAUCCGGAAGUUGGAGGAAAUAUUGAGGAUUUGAAAAAUUUAAAUAAUUUGGACAAUUAUCAACAAUUUCGAUUGCGAUUGCGUGAUGGAAUACGUAAAACUAUUCAAGUAGUUUUGUGUUCGGUUAUUUCUCGUCCGUUUACUGUUGUAGCAAUUCGUCAAAUAGCUCAACUUAUUGGAAACGAAACAAAAUAUUUGCCUAUAAAUCCUUUCCAACCUUUAUUACUUAUUGGCGCAGAAGAGGGCCCUCCUGGACUUUUUUCUGGAUUAAUGCCUGUAAUUGUCAAUGGACUAAUUUCUGUUUGGGGAACGACUAUCUGUAUUUAUGGUGUUGAUUUGGCGUUCAAAAAAUUUGAAAGAGAAUUCCAAGAUUUAGAGCAACAGGAAAGAGAAGUAAUGGCUCAUUCGCGCAAAUCAUUUGAUUAUCUUGUUCCUUAUUUGGUCAAUACUUUGCGUUAUCCUUUUGAAGUAUGCUCUACUGUGAUGGCUGUAGCUGGUUCUGGGUUAUUAGCGUCCCUUCUUCCUUAUUCACCAUCCUUCAAGCAUUGGUCUGAUGCUUAUGAUUAUUUGGCGCCGCAUGAACUUCGUAGAGGAGCAAAAUUUUUCUUACGAGAGGAAACUGGUUCAAUUCGUGUUGGAAUAGAUAAUAGAUUGUAUGCAAGCAAACAACAUUUUAUUUGA